GGAACAAAUUCACUCAGUCACUCCUGUACAGCAUCCAGAAUACAAACCGAGACUAUUCAACAGCAAGCAGAAGUCAAUCAGAGUUUAACAGAAUCUCCACAGAAGUCACCGUUUUUUAAUAAAACUAUUAGAGAUGCCAAACCGAUCUGGCAAAUUAUUUCUGAAAAAAGAGCCAGCAGCAAGGGGAGAAAUGAGGACCACAGGAAUCACAAAUCCUAACCUGGAGCUUGACUCUUCAGAUGUGAUACAGACAACACAGAGUGAAAACACUAUUAGUGUUCUCGACAAAAGUUGUGAUACAACAAAUGGAAACCAUACAGGUUGCCUUCCACGGAAGGUGGGAAUGCAGUUAUGUUUUGCUGGGAUAGAUUUGGAGGUUAAAGAUCGCAAGAUACUGAAAAAUGCUGCAGGCACAGUGAACCCAGGAGAACUUCUGUCAGUCAUGGGGCCUAGUGGUUCUGGAAAGACAACCCUGAUCAGUGUGUUGUCCGGGCGCCUGCAACCCAAGUCUGGCUUACUAACCCUAGAUGGAAUGACUAUCACCAAGACUCUACGUCGGAAGAUGUGUUAUGUCAUGCAGCAGGAUAUUUUCUUCCCCAACCUAACCCUACAGGACACCCUCAUGUACCAAGCGCAAUUGAGAUUGCCUACUUCUAUGAGUCGCAAAGAAAAGGAACAGAUUGUAAAUGAUCUGGUGGAUGAAUUGGACAUCAAAAAAUGUUUCAAAACCAUUGUCGGCAAUGAUUUUGUGCGAGGAUUAUCUGGUGGUGAAAGGAAGCGAGCAAACAUUGCCUGCGAGCUGCUCACAGACCCCUCUGUCAUGCUGCUUGAUGAACCAACGUCUGGCCUGGAUUCCAGUACGGCCUACAGUUUGUGUAUGACACUGAAACGCUAUGCAGUGAAGCACAAGAAGACAGUUGUUAGCUCUAUUCACCAGCCUUCUUCACAGAUUUUCUUCAUGUUUGACAAACUGCUGCUGAUGUCAGAUGGAGAGAUUGCCUACUUUGGAGAGACAGCAAAUAUUGUGGAUUUCUUUGCCAGCAUUGAGAUGCCUUGUGACCCUCAUUACAACCCUGCUGACUUCAUCUUGACUAAAGUGAAGGAAUCACCUGAAGUGCGAGCACAUAUUAUUGAAGCCUCCAACGAGUUACGCAAAAGCAAUAAACAGUGUCCUUUGGACUAUGUAGCAGCAUUUAUUCACAAAGGAAAUACUAAGGAUCAACAAAAGAUGAUACUGAUGGGUCCAGAAUCAGAUGGCCAUGACGUAAACAUCCAGAUUCAGCAACCGGAAGAAGAUAGAUCAUUCAAAGAAAAUGAGGAAACACGCUGGGCAUCUUCAUUUUGGAUACAGUGCUCCACUCUGAUUGCUCGUAAUUUUAAACAGCAACGACCCGUCAUCCUGUCUAGUCUUAAUGUGAUCCAGACCUUAAUGAUGUCAAUCAUCCCAGGAGUCAUCUGGUGGCAACUCCCCAAGCAAGAGUCGCAAAUUGAAGCUCGUUCUGGACUGCUGUUUUUUAUCAUAUUGUACUGGGCAUUUAAUCCAAUCCUGAUGAGCCUCACAUCAUAUCCAGUGGAGAGGCCAAUCAUCAACAAAGAACGCUUGGCUGGCUCGUAUCGCCUUUCAGCUUACUACUUUGCUAAGAUAAUCAGUGAGUUGCCGCUAAUACUUUGUCAGCCAAUUGUAAACUUCACCAUUGCAUUCUGGAUGGCAGGGCUUAACGGAGUUGGAGCAUAUUUUGCUGACCUGGGGAUUCUUUUACUUUCUGCAUUAACAGCACAGUCCAUUGGCUUCUUUACAAGUGUCACUUUCCUGCGAUUUGACCAGUCUAUCUGCUUCACUACAAUAUUCAUGUUGACCACCCUACUUCUUGGUGGGUUCUACAUUAAAGACUUGCCUUUCUGGCUCGCAUGGGCUAAAUAUAUAUCCUUUGUGUCCUAUCCCUUCUAUUCAACACUGAUAAUGGAAUUCAACAGUGACUUCGCCAUUCAAUGUAACCCGAACACCACUGCAUAUAAAAAUUGUAUCUUCUCAGUCAACAAUACGGACCAGGCCUAUAUCCCAGCCCAAGACAUUCUUGACCAUUUCAGAGUCACCGUCCCUAUCUGGGGCAACAUUCUUAUCAUAAUCUUCUUCAUGCUGACAUUCCGAUUAGUCACCUACAUUAUUCUGCGCUUUUUUCGAAAACCAAGCCAGUAACACCACAUGCUUCUACAUACUGUUUGUGCCAAAAGUUUUGUUACUAAAGCUGUGACUUAAGAGGAGUCUGUCCAGUGGUACUGUAAAGAAUAUCUAAGCAACUUCAGAACACUGCCUUGGAUUAGCUGCCAAUUACAUUUUAUACUUCUUCAACUUGUGCCAUCCAAAGAUUCAGCCAGCCACUGUCAUCCAAGGUACUACCUAGCUGAAGGAAACAGCUCCUUCUGUAGGACUAAUGGUCAGCUACAACCUUCCAGAUGUCUUCUUAUAGAAAGUGAUUCUGACAUGCAUAUAAAAUAUAAAGUAUGCUAUCCAUUUUUACAAUAACACUAUAAAAAUUCCAGGAAUUUUUUAUAAUACAAUCUAAGCCUUGUUGUAUUCCAGAAGACACUAACUACAGAAUCUGAAUAUAUUUUAUUCCACUUUUUGCUAAAGGUAUUAAGUUUAGUAGGCACAAAUGACUAUGAUCAAGGACAAGUGGACACAGCAGUUGUGGUCUUAUGUUACAGAGCAGCACCUCUUUCAACCUGUGUCCUGUAUUCUGCACUGAGACUAUGUGCAAUGAUGCAUACGGCGGUGUUAUAUAAAAAUAAUUAUAGGUUAAAUACAGUAUUUCUCCAUAAAAUCCAAUUUAGUAUCAUCUGGGAUUGAUCUUUUUUCUUUAGCACUUUUAAAGAUUGCCAAAAUGAAGGAAUAUAAUAUGUCACGUUUAAAGGAAAUGGAAUAGACUCAAAAAUAACAGGCACUUUUCCAGUUUAUAUAAAAUAAACAUCUGCCAGCUUCCAUAUCCACAGGCUCUUUAACAGCAAAUACUCAUGAAGAACAUGUGCUAGACAUUUGCUUCAUACAUCUGUUCUUCACUUCACCAUGAGGAUGCUUUGUGACUUUGGAAGAAAAAUCAUUAUUGUGUUAAAAUAAGGAUUAUAAAGAGAAAUGAGCAGAAUAUGAGUGUGCAAGCUUGUGUGUGCGUGUUUGUGUGUG